GCGGAAUUUUGUGGUGGCAAACCGAUAAAGACGCGAGUGCGAUGAAGACCUUUACCAAGCUGAUCACUGUCGGUGGCCUCGUCGUCGCGGGCGUCGCCGUCACCACAGGCCCGCUCGCCGAGUGGAACUCGCGCCGCGAAGGCCUCCAAUAUUUGCAGAACAUUGAGAAGAACGCCAAGAAGGCCCAGCACUAAGCCAGCAGCGCCGCGAGCCUCCAUGUGUCCAAAUGAACGGAAUGAUGCUUUGUGCAGUCUUGCGCCAUAG